AUGCAAGCUGGAUUUGAUACGGAUUCUCCUGAUAGUCGCUCCUGGACACCUAUCGGUGAAACUUCGAAUCAACUCAUUGUCUAUCAUGCAUCGUCUCAUGCUAUUCAAGUCGUUCCCCACCCUCGUCAUGACCCAUCUCAUCCGUCCUCCUCGAACCAGCUUCGCGUUUUGCCAACUCAAGUCACCAAGGCCAAACCCGCCCGUUUGAACCCUCCGUCAGAAUCCGACAAGUGUCCCUUGUGCGGACACGACCGUUUUCCUUUUGCCCAGUCCGCCCACGACAGUCCCCUCAGUUCCGACUAUGAUGAGGCUGCUGAAGGACACUACUUUCGUGUCCUCGAACGUGCUCACGAAUCCAGUCGCCCAGGGACUCCAGUCUCAGCAAGACCGGACCGUUCCACCCACUCGCCGUCUUCUACCCCCACAGGCCGUGGCGAGCGCCUGCCAAACGAGGAUGCAUCUGAUCUGCCCGCCAUGGGAUACUAUCGGCGUUUUUUCAAGGAAGAGAGACGUCUAGGGAUCGGCGCUGAAGGCAGCGUAUUCCUCGCUACGCAUGUCAUCGGCGGCAACGUGCUAGGUCAGUACGCUGUGAAGAAGAUUGCAGUCGGUACCUCUAAAGAGUAUCUCGUGCGCAUCCUGCGCGAAGUGCGCUUGCUCGAAGCUCUACGGCAUCCCAACAUCAUCCCUUACUAUCAUUCAUGGGUGGACGAAACCCAGUUUUCAGCCUUUGGUCCGCCCAUUCUGGCGCUCCACGUCCUCAUGAUGUACGCAACUGCUGGUAAUCUCGACUCGUUCCUUCUGAACCGGAGCUAUGGCGAUCCUUCUCAGCCUCCCCAAAGCGCUGCAGAUGUUGGGGACGCGGAAAACAUCGAUCUGCUCCCCAAAGCGGAACGAAUCAAAGCGUUCAAGCGCCGGCGCCAGAGUGGCAACCACGGUCGUCGGGGCGAGACUCGAGGAGUUCUCUUGCUGGGGCUCGAUGAGAUCCUGAAGCUGUUCGGGGACGUCGUGUCCGGCCUUGCGUUCUUGCACUCCAACUCCAUCCUGCACCUCGAUCUCAAGUGUUCCAAUGUUCUCCUUCAUUGGGAGGAAGGCGAGGUCAUCCCAAAGGCACUGCUUUCCGACUUUGGCACAUCAGAGGAGAUGCUUCGGGGCAGCCGGGAGCGAUCAGGCCACACGGGCACUAUGGAGUACAUGGCCCCCGAGACGAUUGUAACUGAUACGCGUGGCAACUGGAGGCCGUCGGACUCUCACGCUGACAUGUGGUCGCUGGGAAUGGUGCUCCACAAACUCCUUUUCCUUCGUCUGCCCUACGAGUUCACGGAAGACUUGCAACGACUGCAUGUAGAGAUCGUCGCCUAUCCCGGCUUUGAGGCGACGCCCAGUCUGGUCGAGACAUGCGAGAGACGCCACAUUCCCCGAAACGUACUCCUGCUCCUGGAGAAACUUCUACACCUCUCGCCUGAUCAACGUCCCACUAUCGAAACUAUCAAAAGCGCAGUCCUGAAUCAAGCUCGCCGAUACGCAGUCUUCUGGCACUCCCUCCGCCUUCUGAGCCUGUUAUUGGCACACAAUUGCUGGAGCCAACGGUGGAUAUGGUUCCUCAGUCUGCAGUCUACUCAUUCCAACUGGCUCGCAGCGUGGUAUUCGUCCUCAAGGUUCUAA